AGAGACAGAGAGAGAGAGAGAGAGAGAGGCGUGCGCGCUGUCGCUGUCUGGAACAGCAGUCGCUUGCUUUAACGUGAUAUAUUUUUGGAUUUUUUCUAAAGGGAUUUUAGGAUUUUGUUGUUGUUUAUUUGCUCAUUUCUCGGACCGCGCUGAUGUACAUAUGGCAGCGGAAACGUCGACCCGGAGAUUCACCAAGAACCUGCUGAAGCCCGGCAGCGCGGCCGAAAUCCGCCAAACAGCGUCCAGUGCGAUGAGGAUUUCUGCCCUCACGCAGGAGAAGCCGAAGCUGAUCGAUCCUCUGGACUACGAGGCCGUCAUCUCUGAGCUAGAGCCAGAGCUUAAGGAGGACCCGCUACAAGACCUGCUGCUCUUCCCAGACCAAGAUUUCACUGUGUCUACCGUUCCUCAGGAGAGACGAACGCAGCAAUCCACUGUUCCAGAGGGGGCAGAGGAACAGGCUGAAAGUCUGCUGGUCAGACAGGCCUGCAAGUACUACAAUUCCCAUCGACACGUGGUCGAGUACACGUAUCAGGAGUAUGCAGGAGAUUACCGCAUGCUGCCCAGGAAAUUGUAUAAGGCUCAGAAAUUGCCCACCCACUCAUUCGAGAUUGACCAUGAAGACAUAGAUAAGGAUGAGGACACGACGUCGCUAUCGUCGUCUAAAGGCGGAGGGGGAGGUGGGGGCAGUGGUGGUGGAGGGACAGGUGUCUUCAAGUCUGGCUGGCUCUACAAAGGGAACUUUAACAGCACGGUCAACAACAGCAUCACUGUUCGGUCCUUCAAAAGAAGAUAUUUCCAACUGACACAACUAACUGACAACUCUUACAUCAUGAACUUCUACAAAGAUGAGAAAAUCUCAAAGGAGCCUAAAGGUUGCAUAUUUCUGGACUCAUGCACAGGGGUAGUUCAGAAUAACAGAUUGAGGAAGUACGCCUUUGAGCUGAAGAUGAACGAGGUGACGUACUUCGUGCUUGCAGCCGAGAGCGAACAGGACAUGGAGGACUGGAUUAGUACAUUAAAUCGCAUCCUCCAGAUCAGCCCGCCUGAGGGUCCGGCUCUGGACCGCAAAAGCGCGGACCUGACGGACACCAGACACGAUGUAUUCGAUAUGUCCUUGAAUAAUGGCUGUCUCGCUGAAAAGGAGGAAGCGACAGAAAACGGAAUCAAUCCCGAAUUAGCCAAAUACAUCUCCGAAACCGAAGCGAUGGUGAGAUCAGCCAGAAGAGAAGAGCGACUGAAUUUGUUUUCCCUGGACCCUGACACUCCUGUUUUGAGGAGUCCACGGGGGGAUUGUGGGGAGCUGCCGAAUGCUCGACCUUUCGAGGAGAAGCUGGGAAAGAGACUAAUAAUAUACUGCCGCUCUCUCAACCUCACACUGCAGGGCUGUGUGAACGAAGCAGAGACGGAGCCCGUCACUAACAUCGAGCCUUUCUUUGUAACCCUGGCAUUGCUGGACAUGCGAGAGAACAGAAAGGUCUCGGCUGACUUUCAUGUGGACCUCAACCAUGAAAUUGUACGGAAAAUGCUCGGCGGCUCGGGGAGCCCAGGCUCUCAGGGCACUCCUGGAGGUCACGGCGGAGUGCAGGAGAACGGUCUGAAGUCCCCGACAGAGAAGAGAAGUGGUGACGUUCAGCUCAGUCAGGAACUGGAGGACUGGUUAUGCUUCCCUAAACAGGCUAUCUUCUCCAUCACGAAUCCUCACACAGAUAUCGUGAUGGUGGCCCGAAUAGAGAAAGUGCUUAUGGGUAAUAUUACAAGUGGAACAGAGCCGUACAUCAAGAACGCGGACAACAGCAAGACUGUUCAAAAGAUGCUGAAAUCCAACAAGCAGUUCUGUAGCAAGCUCGGGAAAUAUCGCAUGCCUUUCGCCUGGUCUGUAAGGUCGGUAUUUAAGGACAACCAGGGCACGGUGGAUCGGGAAUCUCGGUUCUCUCCUCUCUUCAAGCAGGAGAGCAACAAGGUUUCCGCUGAAGAUCUGCUCAAGCUCAUUACAGAGUACAGGAGGGCAGAGAAGGCUAGUAAACUCCAGACCAUUCCUGGAAGCCUAGAGAUCGGUGUGGACUGUGUUCCAAUGGAGCAUCCAAGUAAGACUUGCUUACAUAAACACCUUCAAGAAUAUAACAGCCGGAUAUGUAACUCCGUGACAUCGUCGUAUGUCCCUGUUAAGCCAUUCGAAGACUGCAGUCUGCACGCUCCCACGGUGGAGAUCGACGAGUUUCUGCAAGAUUCCGCCAAAUUCGCUCAACCUUACCGAGUUUACAAGAACCACAUUUACGUCUACCCCAAACACCUUAAAUAUGAUAGCCAGAAAAGCUUUGCUAAGGCCCGGAAUAUCGCAGUUUACGUAGAGUUCCGAAACUCUGACGAAGAGCACGCCAAACCACUCAAGUGCAUCUACGGAAAGCCGGGAGGUCCGGUUUUCACCACAGCUGCCUGCUCUACGGUUCUUCACCACUCGCAGAACCCAGACUUUUAUGACGAGGUGAAGAUUGAGCUUCCUACACAGCUCCAUGAGAAACACCAUCUCCUCUUCUCGUUAUUUCACGUGACGUGUGAUAUCAAUGCUAAGACCAGCUCUAAGAAGAAAGAAGCUCUUGAAACUCCAGUGGGCUAUGCAUGGCUGCCUCUUUUGAAGGAUGGCCGUCUGGCAUCUCAGGAGUUUAACGUGCCGGUCUCAUGCACUCUACCCAGUGGGUACCUGCUGAUUAAAGAGCCUUCAUCCAAUAAGAACGGAUCAGACGUGAAAUGGGUAGACGGAGGAAAACCCGUCUUCAAGGUGUCUACGCUCGUGCUGUCUACAGUAUACACUCAGGAUCCCCAUCUUAACCGGUUCUUCCAGCAGUGCCAAAAGCGAGAGACGGAUCUCUCACAACCACCUACCUCAAACUUUCUCAACUGCCUAAAGGGCCUCCUUAGUAUGGAGCGGAACCACGUAAUUAUUCGCUUCCUACCCAUCCUCUUUAACCAGCUAUUUAAAGUCCUCACCCAGAACGACUCGGAUGAAGUCACUUCUACCACCACGAGAGUCCUAGUUCACAUCCUCGCCAAGUGCCACGAAGAAAACCUAGACAAGUAUAUGCACUCCUACAUUAAGUUUGUGUUUAAGACCGAGGCGCACGGAUUCCGGACCGUGCAUGAAGAGCUAGCCAAAGGCAUGAACUCUGACCUGAAGAGCAACGAUCAGACGGCCGUGAAAAACAUCCUGAAGUUUUCCUGGUUCUUUCUGGAGAUCAUUGUGAAGUCCAUGGCCCAGCACCUCGUCGAUUCAGACAAGCUAAAAGUUCCUCGGUCACAGAGGUUCCCAGGCACCUUCCAGAGCCACUUGGAGACUCUCAUCAUGACCAUGUCAGAUCACAUCUACUGGAAGAGCAAAGACAUGCCUGACGAGACUCGCAGUGCCAGCCAGGCUAUUUCUGCCUUCGUUAAACGCUGCUUCAAUCUAAUGGACAGAGGUUUUACCUUCAAGCUCAUCAGCAACUACAUCAACAUGAUCACAAAUGGUGACAACAAGAUGUUGUGUGAAUUCAAGUUUGAUUUCCUGAGGGAGGUGUGCAACCAUGAGCACUACAUCCCUCUCAGCCUUCCCAUCCCUUCUGCACGAAUCACAGAUAACGCUUCACCGGAAAUGCAGAGUGCUCAGGUGGAUAUGCCAGAGUACAACCUGACUGGAGAGUUCUGCAGGAAACAUUUCCUGACCGGUCUGCUGUUGAGGGAACUCGGCUUGGCUCUCCAAGACGAACAAGACAUUAGGCACAUGGCUCUGGCCAGCCUGAAGAACCUGAUGGCCAAGCACUCGCUGGAUUCUCGUUAUGCCUUGAAGGAGAAGCAGGCCAGGAUCGCAUCUCUGUAUUUGCCCCUGUAUGGUCUAAUCCUGGACAAUAUGCCACGCUUCUUCCUCAGAGACCUCUUCCCCAUUUACUUAACCAACAGUGACCAGGGUUCCAAAGACGACGUGAGCGUAGGAGGACUGCCGGGUCAGAGCGGUCACGGCGCUCGUCAUGGCAACUCGGUAGAUGUCGCCUUGUCCAAGGAGGUCCUCAAUUCUAUUACAGUGUUCUCGUCACUUGCAGUAUCUACAGCUAACAACACCGAUUCACGGGGCUCGCUCAUCAGCAUCGAGUCCAACCCCAGCAACAGCGACCGCAACAGCGAGAAAAUGGACGGAUGCGAAAAGUUUGCCCGGCCGCAGUCCCUGAUCGGUUUUGCGUCACGCUUCGACAAACUGGACCAGGCAGAGACGCGCAGUCUACUUAUGUGUUUCCUGCAUAUUAUGAAAACCAUAUCAGAAGAGGUCAUGGUCGCGUACUGGCACCGAGCCAUUCACCAGGAGAUUUCAGACUUCUUCAACAUCUUGGAACUCUGUCUCCAGCACUUCAGGUUCUUGGGGAAGCGUCACAUAGCCAGGAAGUUAGCAGCUGCGGUUAAGCUGGCGCAGGCCACGCAGAACACUGGCACUCUGAAGGGUUCGAAUGCUUCCUCCCAGUCCUCAGGGCUUCUGCCCCAAUGGAUGCUGUCCAGUCAGGAUGGGCACAGACACGCUCGUUCCCACACCAUGCCCAUUCUACGGGGCAAGAAUGCCCUAACUAACCCUAAACUGCUGCAGAUGAUGGAAACAGAUGGAAAUGCGUCUGAGAACGACAACUUCAACCCAACAGACGUCGAAGCCAAUCUGUCCACCGAAGUGUCCCUCACGGUACUCGAUGUCCUGGAACUAUUUGUGCAGCACCACAAGAAACAGCUGCUGCAGGAUGAAGGUCAGAACUCUCUGAUGAAGAAAGUAUUCGACACGUACCUGCUCUUCUUCCAGAUCAAUCAGUCCACUACCACUCUUAGACAUGUCUUUGCUGCACUGCGACUCUUCAUACAGAAGUUCCCCUGUGUGUUUUUCCAGGGGAAGGCCGACCUGUGUGGCUGUCUGUGCUAUGAGAUUCUGAAAUGCUGUAACCAUCGCUCCAGUAGCACACAGACCGAGGCCUCUGCCCUCCUCUACUUCCUCAUGAGGAAGAAUUUUGAGUUCACCAAGGGCAAAUGCAUCGUCCGUUCACACCUCCAGGUCAUUAAAGCCGUGAGUCAGCUGAUUGCAGAUGCAGGUAUUGGAGGCUCACGUUUCCAGCAGUCUCUGGCAAUAAUCAACAACUUUGCCAACGGAGAUGUGCCUCUUAAAAACACGACGUUCCCGGCUGAGGUGAAGGACUUGACGAAGCGGAUCCGUACCGUCCUGAUGGCCACGUCACAAAUGAAGGAGCAUGAGAAGGACCCGGAGAUGCUGGUAGACUUGCAAUACAGUCUUGCCAACUCGUACGCAAGCACCCCGGAGCUGCGACGCACCUGGCUAGAAAGCAUGGCCAAGAUCCACGUCCGUAACGGAGACCUGUCUGAGGCUUCCAUGUGCUACAUCCAUAUCUCUGCCCUCAUCGCAGAGUCACUGAAGAGAAGAGGUUACUGGAAGCCUGAAAAGGCACGGAUGUCAAGCUUGGGCACAGAGGACGCAAAUGUAAUUAACUGUUGCCCUUUACUAACCCUUCAAGAAGGAGAAACCUCGUUCAGUAUGGGCUGGCCUGCGUUUAUGAACAUCACCCCCAAUGUGCAGGAAGAAGGAGCCAUGAAGGAGGACACUGGAACCCAGGAUACACCUUACACCGAGGACACGCUGGUGGAGCAGCUUGAACUGUGUGUGGAUUAUCUGUGGAAAUCUGAAAGGUACGAGCUCAUAGCAGACAUCAAUAAGCCCGUCAUCGCCGUCUACGAGAAGAGACGAGAUUUCAAGAGGCUGUCUGAACUGUACUAUGACAUUCACCGCUCAUAUCUGAAAGUGAACGAGGUCGUAAACGCCGAGAAGCGUCUGUUCGGGCGAUACUAUCGCGUGGCUUUCUACGGACAGGGAUUCUUCGAAGAGGAGGAAAGUAAGGAGUUUAUCUACAAAGAGCCGAAGCUUACAGGACUUUCUGAGAUUUCUCAGAGGCUCCUCAAACUUUACUCCGAUAAGUUCGGAGCAGACAACGUCAAAAUGAUCCAAGACUCCAACAAGGUGAAUCCCAAAGACCUGGAUCCUAAAUUUGCCUACAUCCAGGUCACGUACGUGGUGCCGUACUGCGACGAGAAGGAGCAACAGGAAAAGAAGACGGACUUCGAGAGGAAUCACAACAUCUGUCACUUCGUCUUCGAGACACCCUUUACUCUCUCCGGCAAGAAGCACGGCGACGUGGAGGAACAGUGCAAGAGACGCACCGUUCUGACCACGAGCUCCAUGUUUCCGUACCUGAAGAAACGGAUCCAGGUGGUGAAGCAACAGAGCACAGAGAUGAACCCCAUCGAGGUAGCCAUCGAUGAGAUGAGUCGCAAAGUGUCUGAACUCAACCAGCUCUGCAGGAUGGACGAGGUGGACAUGAUCCGUCUGCAGCUCAAGCUUCAGGGCAGUGUCAGUGUGAAGGUAAACGCAGGACCGAUGGCCUACGCUCGAGCGUUUUUGGAGGAGAAAAAUGCAAAGAAAUACCCAGACAACCAGGUCAAGUUGCUGAAAGAGAUCUUCAGGCAGUUUGCAGACGCGUGUGGUCAGGCUCUGGACGUGAACGAGCGUCUGAUAAAGGAAGACCAGCUGGAGUACCAGGAGGAAAUGAGAGCUCACUAUAAAGAAAUGCUGAACGAGCUCUCGGCCAUUAUGAACGAACAGAUCCCACAUGGACGACAGUCGGUGAUCGAUCGACCCAACGCCUUCUGAGCUGCCACUCGGCGUCCAUGAGAUGUUCUUUUUAUUUUUUUUAACCUCGACAGUGUUACACUCAAUAUAAACUUUGAGAACAUCGAGAGGAACUUUAUGAACCGAUAAAUAAAAGCAGGAGAAAAGCUCAGGAAGAGCGAGACACGGAAAAGGUUACGGUCCUGUGGAUGAUUCAGACCAGACUCUGUUAUUUGGUUGUGAAGGACACGGUAUGACUUUUUUUUAUUUUUUCUGUACUACCACACAUACAUGCACACACAGACACACUCCUCUUAUAUACACUCCAAUUCACUUAUGCCUUCUCUCCUAGACCCUGUUCCUCUAGAAUACAGUGACCUUAAUUAGCUCGAGGUGUGUUCAACUACACAAGACUUUCUUACUAUCUUAUUAGAGGGCUUUAAAUCACUAAAUCCGAUCGUGAACAUUUACUCGAUAGAUUAUCGGCUGUUUUAGGAAUUUAAAGGUAUCAUUAUUAUCAUGUCGCAUUUUUUCCUGUGUAUCCCGACCUCGUCUUGUUGAACACACCUCUAGUUUGUGUUGAAUGUAGACCUGCUCAACAUAAUUGCAAAAUUGUAUCCUAACAUUUCACAAAUCUCGCAACUCUUAAAUUUUGGAAACAGAAAUUUACUGUUUUAUAACGUUUUUAUGACACAAAACGUGUUAUUAUGUCGUGUACUGUUUUAAAUUUGUAUAUAAGAAUUAUUAAUAUUUAAAAUGUUUUGUUUUAUAUAUAUAUAUA